AUGGAGGAGAAGGAGAUCCAGCCGGCCCCGUCUUCACUAAAAGCUCAAGUUUGGCAUCAAUUCGGGAUUUUACCGAAGCCCGGACACACUGAACCGGACAUGACGCACACAGUGUGCCGACAUUGUAAAACUAGAAUCAAGCAUUUCGGCAACACGACAAAUGCGCAGGCUCACAUUACGAGGCAUCACCCAGAGAUGAGAGACACGGAGCGGACUCAGCCGCCAGCUGCAGACCAACGCACGCUGCAGAGCUUCUCGAAGCUCUCCGCCAGCUCCAAGCGGGCAAAAACAAUAACAGGGUCUAUCGCCAAUUGUUUGUAA